AUGAAGUUUGUGAAGUUCCAGCACUUCUGCAUCGUCUACUUUCUGCUGGUGCGCUUCCUGAACGGUGCCACGAUGGACCUGUACAAAAACUCACGCCUCGGCAACCGCAUCGUGCAGACGCGCUACGGACGGCUGCAGGGUCUGGUGCUGCCGCUCGAAGGCUAUAAAUUUCUCAAACCCAUCGAAGCGUUCCUGGGCGUACCGUACGCCACACCGCCAACCAAAAUGAACAGAUUUAGUCCAACCCGUACACCGUCGCCGUGGGACGGCAUACGGAUAGCGGAUAAGUUUAGUCCGGUCUGUCCCCAGCGACUGCCGAGUGUAAAUAACGAAACUGCAGCUUUAGAUAAAAUGCCAAAAGGACGACUAGAGUACUUGAAACGUUUGCUACCUUUUUUACAGAACCAAUCGGAGGACUGUUUGUAUUUGAAUGUAUUUGCCCCGGUUCAUGCCACUCAAAGUGACAAGAAACUGCCUGUUAUAGUAUUUUUACACGGAGAGUCGUUCGAGUGGAACAGCGGGAACGCGUACGAUGGUACCGUGCUGGCCAGUUACAGUGAUUUAGUCGUAGUUACGUUAAACUAUCGGUUAGGUAUAUUGGGUUUUCUGAAUGCCAAUCCCAGCCCGCAGCUGCGGGCCCGCGUGGCCAACUACGGCCUGAUGGACCAGAUGGCGGCGCUGCACUGGGUGCAGCAGAACAUCGCCAAGUUCGGCGGCGACCCGGCCACGGUGACGCUGGCCGGGCACGGGAGCGGGGCGGCCUGCAUCAACUUCCUGAUGACGUCGCCGACGAUGGUGCCGGGGCUGUUCCACCGGGCGAUCCUGCUGUCCGGGUCGGCCUACUCGUCCUGGGCGCUGGUCGAGGACCCGGUCGUGUACGCGCUCAAGCUUGCCAAGGAGGUGAACUGUUCGAUCCCGGAGGACCUGAUCAAAAACCACGAACAGAUCGUGGACUGCUUGCGGGACGUGCCGCUCGAGGAGCUGUUCGCGGCCGACAUCCUGCCGCCGAGCUUUCUGAGCGCGUUCGGGCCAUCGGUCGACGGUGUCGUCAUUCGGCCCGGGCGCUCCAACCAGGACAUCGACGAGCUGCCACCGAUCCGGGGCACCUCCAAGCGGUCGCAGGGUGCCGCCGGACGCUACGACCUCCUGUUCGGGGUGGUCACCGGCGAAGCGCUGUGGCGAUUCAGUGCCGCCGACAUCCAGAGUGGCUUCGAGGGCGACCGGCGGGACAAGAUCCUGCGCACGUACGUCCGGAACGCGUACACGUACCACCUGAGCGAGAUCUUCUACACGGUCGUCAACGAGUACACGGACUGGGAGCGCACGGUGCAGCACCCGAUCAACAUGCGGGACGCGGCCGUGGCCGCCCUCUCCGACGCCCAGUUCGUCGCCCCGCUCGUCCACACCGGCGACAUGCUGGCACCGCCGCCGCCCCUGCCGGGUCAGGAGCCGUCGGGACCGAAGUGCUUCUUCUACGUGUUCGACUACCAAACGAAGGACGGCGACUACCCGCAGCGGAUGGGCACGGUGCAUGGCGAGGACCUGCCGUACGUGUUCGGGGCACCCCUCGUCGAUGGGUUCAACCACUUUCCGCGCAACUACACCAAAUCGGAGGUGGCCCUCUCCGAGGCCAUCAUGGUGUACUGGGCCAACUUCGCACGGACCGGUAAUCCGAACGAGCACCAUCGACAGGAUUCGAUUCUGGCGGCAUCGCGCGAACGGAACCGCUUCCGCAGCAUCAACUGGGAGGAGUACGACCCGGUUCAUCAGAAAUACCUGGAAAUCGGCAUGAAACCGCGGAUGAAGAACCACUUCCGGGCUCACCAGCUGUCGAUUUGGCUGCGGCUGAUACCGGAGCUACACAAGGCCGGCAUGGAGGACGUGAUAGCGAGGCACAAUCUCUUCAAGAACCACGACGACAUGGACCUGUACGAGGGCCUGGUCAAACCGGACACGUUCACCGGGCGGCUCAACUACCUGGAAGACAAUCUCAAGCACCGAGGCAUGCUCACCGGCGGCGACGUGGGCCACGCACUGCACGCAAACGUUGGGAUGACGACGGCGGAACCGGCGCUACUGACGACCUGCAUGCCGGUCGGCAACUACAGUGCCCUGGCGCCCACGGUGACGGUGUUGAACGCGACCACGGACACGCUGGCCGGGCUGGAGGCGGCCGGGUACGCCGCCUACUCGACCGCCCUCAGCGUCACGAUCGCGAUCGGGUGCAGCCUGCUCAUCCUGAACGUCCUUAUCUUCGCCGGCGUCUACUACCAGCGCGACAAGACGCGGCUCGAGGUGAAGAGCCUGCAGAAGCAGUACCAGCAGCGGGGUGGCGGCCUCCACCAGCAGGGCCCGUUCGACCCGAUCAAGCACGCCCACUACCACCUGGGCCACUCGCAGUCGGCCAACGUCAUCGUGGACGUGGAGAACCACGACACCGGCGCCCUCAUCCUGGCCGGCGACGUCAAGUCGCCCCACAUCUGCACCAACGCGAUGCAAAUCAACGUGAUGAAGAGCGGAUCCCCCGGCGGCGGCGGCGGCGGCGGCGGUGGCGACGGUCGUGGUGGUGUAGGUAACCUGGGGAGUGGCGCCAACGGUGGCGGUGGUGGGGUAGGUGGCGGUGAUGGCGGAAGUUGUAACGUGCCGGCGCCGCUCGGGCAGUCGAAGAUGCCGCUCCAGGCGAACAACACCGGCUACGGCGCGGCGACGAAGCUGCCGCCGCGCAGCGAACACAUCACCAUACCGAUCAAGAACUCCACCUUCAUCGGGACGGCCGGCCCCGGGGGCGGUGGGACGUUCGUUAGCGGCAUGAUGACGCUCCCGAAGCCCACCUCGCAGCAUCAACACCAGCAGCAGCAGCAGCAGCACCAACAGCAUCAACAACAUCAACAACAGCACCAGCAGCAGCAACAGCAGCAGCAGCAAGUGCACAUCCCGAUGAGCUACAACCGGAACGAGUGCAUGACGCUGCCGAGGAGCAUGGGUGGUGCCGGGCUCAGCGCAACUUCCGCCAUCACCAGCACAGAUGCGCUGCAAAUUAAGUUACCACCCAACGGGACGGCUAUCGGGAUCCACAUGCGGUCGUCACCGCUGGGCACCGCCGGAAGCGGUCCUGCCGGUACCGGACGAGCCUGCGCCGGGAACUCUUCGCCGGAUCAUCGGUCCCACCAUCAGCAGCAGCAGCAGCAGCAGCAGCAACUAGCCUCAUCCGGCCACUCCCACCAUCACUCCCAUCAGCACCCCGCCGAUGGUUCCAGUUUGAUGCAAUUAAAAUCGCAAAAUCUUAAGAACGCUUCCGUGUGCCCCCCGCAGCUGCCCCACGCCGCCAUGAGCGAAAUGCGUGUCUGA